CAACUGGAACAUCGUGUAGUUUUGCUCUGAGUGUUUUUUUUUUCUCCACAGACUUUAAACUUAUCACUCUAUCUAAUUUGAAGAUACACAGUGGGGGGACCAUUGCAGAGUGAGAUUCCUCGCCACUCUGUGGGAACUAAUUGACUGUGUUAUUGCAGCAAUUUGGUGUACAAACUGAUUUGCUGCCACUGAUCGGAGGAGGCGAACAGGUGAAAACAUGAAGGUGCUGGGUCUUGCCCUGCUUUGUUUAUUGUGGUGGCCUGAACCCACAGAGGCUCAGUUUCCUCGAGUGUGUUGUACAGUGGAGGGGAUUCUCUCCAAGCAGUGCUGUCCUGCUCUGGGCUCCAAUCCUGCUAAUAUCUGUGGCACUCUAUCAGGCAGAGGAAGCUGCUCCAAUGUUCAAGUCGACAGCAAACCCUGGGGAGGACCGUAUCGACUGAGAAAUGUGGACGACAGAGAGAGAUGGCCGACCAAAUUCUUCAAUCAGACUUGCAGGUGCACCGGAAACUUUGCAGGCUUUGACUGUGGCCAGUGUAAAUUUGGUUGGACUGGACCAAACUGUGACCAGAGGAAAGCCCCCGUGGUGAGGAAGAAUAUCCACUCGCUCACUCCUGCGGAGCUCCAGGAGUUCCUGGAUGUGUUGGACCUGGCUAAGACCAACAUACACCCAGACUAUGUCAUUGCCACUCAGCACUGGCUUGGACUCUUAGGACCAAAUGGAACCGAGCCCCAAUUUGCCAACAUCUCCAUCUAUGACUUCUUCGUCUGGCAGCACUACUACUCUGUGCGAGACACUCUUCUUGGUCCAGGUCGUCCAUUCAAGGCCAUUGAUUUCUCACACAAAGGGCCAGCCUUCAUCACCUGGCACAGGUAUCACCUCCUCAGCUUGGAGAGAGAGUUACAGAGACUGAGCGGCAAUGAGAACUUUGCAGUACCGUACUGGAACUUUGCCACGGGACAGAGUGAGUGUGACGUGUGCACCGAUGCUAUGCUGGGGGGCCAAAACCCAGACGACCCGUCCCUCAUCAGUAACCGGUCCAGAUUCUCCAGAUGGGGGGUGGUGUGUAACAGUUUGGAUGACUACAAUCGCCUGGUGACUCUUUGCAAUGGCACCAAUGAGGGCCUCAUUCGCAGAGGUGUAAUGGACAGAUCUAACAUGAGUCUGCCCACCAUGAACGAUGUCAGAAGCUGUCUCAAUCUCAGGGACUUUGACAGCCCGCCAUACUUCACCAACUCUACCUUCAGCUUUAGAAAUGCUCUUGAAGGGUAUGACAAACCAGAUGGAGAGCUGGACGAGUCAGUCAACAACCUGCACAACCUGGUCCACUUCUUCCUCAAUGGAACCAGCGCUCUGUCUCACUCGGCAGCCAACGACCCCAUCUUUCUGGUGCUCCACGCUUUCACGGAUGCUGUUUUUGACGAGUGGUUGAGGAGGGUUGUUCCAUCCAACGCUACCUUUCCUGAUGAGAUGGCCCCCAUUGGUCACAACAGGGAUUACAACAUGGUCCCCUUCUUCCCACCGAUCACUAAUGAGGAGAUCUAUGUUCCUUCUGAGCAGCUGGGAUAUUCAUACGCCAUUGAUCUGGAGGAUACAGACGGUGGAGCGAGUGUGUUUGUGCUGGGCUCCACUCUGGGUGGUGUUUUCAUCGGCCUUCUGGUCCUUCUGCUUAUCUUGGUGCUCUACCUGCGGCAAAGGAGAAAUCGAGGCUUCGAACCUCUGAUAAAGGCAGAGUUCACAAAUAAAAAAUACACAGAGGAAGCCUAGAUUUCACACACUAUUUGGAAAUGCACACCAGUGCUCGUACUAAAAAAUAUGAUGCAGAAUAAUCCUUAAUGUACUGUAGACCUGAAAAAGGAAAAUGUAAAGGCUGCAAAUGAAUAGCACAGCUUAGAUAAAUAAUGCAUCAAAUUGCAUAUAAGAACAAUGAUGUGACUCAUGCCGUGUCCAUUAAAAUUAUUGCUGGAACUUACUACAGUACAAGUUUCUUGUGAUACAAAUGUCUGCACCAGACAAAUAAACGUGUACUGUGACUUAA